AUGCGCGCGGGGCGCCGCUCUGGCCGCACGGCCCGGCCUCGGAUGGCGGGGCGCGCGACAGGAACUUUCUCUUCGUGGGAGUCAUGACCGCCCAGAAAUACCUGCAGACCCGCGCCGUGGCCGCCUACAGAACAUGGUCCAAGACAAUUCCUGGGAAAGUCGAAUUCUUCUCUAGUGAGGGUUCAGACACCUCGAUCCCAAUUCCGAUAGUGCCACUACGGGGCGUGGAUGACUCCUACCCACCCCAGAAGAAGUCUUUCAUGAUGCUCAAGUACAUGCACGACCACUACCUGGACACGUAUGAAUGGUUUAUGAGAGCAGAUGAUGACGUGUAUAUCAAAGGAGACCGUCUGGAGAAUUUUCUGAGGAGUUUGAAUAGCAGUGAGCCCCUGUUUCUCGGGCAGACAGGCCUGGGCACCACGGAAGAGAUGGGGAAACUGGCCCUGGAACCCGGUGAGAACUUCUGCAUGGGGGGGCCCGGUGUGAUCAUGAGCCGGGAGGUUCUCCGGAGAAUGGUGCCGCACAUUGGAAAGUGUCUCCGGGAGAUGUACACGACCCACGAGGACGUGGAGGUGGGAAGAUGUGUCCGGAGGUUUGCCGGGGUGCAGUGUGUCUGGUCUUACGAGAUGCAGCAGCUGUUUUAUGAGAAUUACGAACAGAACAAAAAGGGGUACAUUAGAGAUCUCCAUAACAGCAAAAUCCACCGAGCCAUCACCCUGCACCCCAACAAAAACCCCCCCUACCAGUACCGGCUGCACAGUUACAUGCUCAGUCGCAAGAUAGCCGAGCUUCGCCACCGCACCAUCCAGCUCCACCGAGAGAUCGUCCUGAUGGGCAGGUACAGCAACACCGAGAUCCACAAAGAGGACCUCCAGCUGGGAAUCCCGCCUUCCUUCAUGAGGUUUCAGCCGCGCCAGCGGGAGGAGAUCCUGGAAUGGGAGUUUCUGACGGGCAAGUACCUGUACUCUGCCGCUGAGGGCCAGCCGCCUCGGAGGGGGAUGGACUCCGCUCAGAGGGAGGCCCUGGACGACAUUGUCAUGCAGGUCAUGGAGAUGAUCAAUGCCAACGCCAAGACCAGGGGGCGUAUCAUCGACUUCAAGGAGAUACAGUAUGGCUACCGCCGGGUGAACCCCAUGUACGGGGCCGAGUACAUCCUGGACCUGCUGCUUCUGUACAAAAAGCACAAAGGGAAGAAAAUGACGGUCCCGCACGACCACUACCUGGACACGUAUGAAUGGUUUAUGAGAGCAGAUGAUGACGUGUAUAUCAAAGGAGACCGUCUGGAGAAUUUUCUGAGGAGUUUGAAUAGCAGUGAGCCCCUGUUUCUCGGGCAGACAGGCCUGGGCACCACGGAAGAGAUGGGGAAACUGGCCCUGGAACCCGGUGAGAACUUCUGCAUGGGGGGGGCCGGUGUGAUCAUGAGCCGGGAGGUUCUCCGGAGAAUGGCGCACAUUGGAAAGUGUCUCCGGGAGAUGCACACGAUCCACGAGGACGUGGAGGUGGGAAGAUGUGUCCGGAGGUUUGCCGGGGUGCAGUGUGUCUGGUCUUACGAGAUGCAGCAGCUGUUUUAUGAGAAUUACGAACAGAACAAAAAGGGGUACAUUAGAGAUCUCCAUAACAGCAAAAUCCACCGAGCCAUCACCCUGCACCCCAACAACCCCCCCUACCAGUACCGGCUGCACAGUUACAUGCUCAGUCGCAAGAUAGCAGAGCUUCGCCACCGCACCAUCCAGCUCCACCGAGAGAGCGUCCUGUUGGGCAGGUACAGCAACACCGAGAUCCACAAAGAGGACCUCCAGCUGGGAAUCCCGCCUUCCUUCAUGAGGUUUCAGCCGCGCCAGCGGGAGGAGAUCCUGGAAUGGGAGUUUCUGACGGGCAAGUACCUGUACUCUGCCGCUGAGGGCCAGCCGCCUCGGAGGGGGAUGGACUCCGCUCAGAGGGAGGCUCUGGACAUUGUCAUGCAGGUCAUGGAGAUGAUCAAUGCCAACGCCAAGACCAGGGGGCGCAUCAUCGACUUCAAGGAGAUACAGUACGGCUACCGCCGGGUGAACCCCAUGUACGGGGCCGAGUACAUCCUGGACCUGCUGCUUCUGUACAAAAAGCACAAAGGGAAGAAAAUGACGGUCUCGGUGCGGCGGCACGCGUAUUUACAGCAGACCUUCAGCAAGAUCCAGUUCGUGGAGCACGAGGAACUGGACGCGACGGAACUGGCCAACAAAAUCAACCAGGAAUCCGGAUCCUUGUCCUUUCUCUCCAAUUCCCUGAAGAAACUUGUUCCCUUUCAGCUCCCCGGGUCAAAGAACGAGCACAAAGCCCUCGAGUGCAUCUGGACCUCUUCCCAGCAGUGCCCUGGCACGCUGUCCCCGGUCUUGCUGCUAGCGCACGGUCCCCCAUCUGUGGGUUCCUCCCAGUGGAAUGUCCAGCUGGCCUGGCACGGCAUUGGCUUUGACCCCGUGGCCCAUCCCUACUCAUGA